CCUCCGCUUUUGUCCUUCUCUUCUCGGGAAAAGAGACAAGACGGGCAAAAGUCUGUGUGAAUCGCCCCCCUGCCGAAACAGACAAACACUUACUUGUGACGUCUCCUCGUCCACCAUGGCCAGCCAACUCGUCUCCCUCGAGGACGACCGCAGGCAGUAUCAGGAACAGCUUGACGUGGUCCUCGCUGGUCUCAAGGACGACCCUGACAAUGCCGAACUUAAGACACUGCAGGCCGAGUUGAAUGAUAUGAUCUCCCUAAUAGACGAAUCCAUUGCUGAGCUCAAGCCUAAGCAGCCGCAGAAGCCAGCUCCACCCGCGUCUCCCGCGUCUCCCGCGGAGGCCCCCGCCCCUGUCCCGUCCGAGCCGGAGAAAUGGUCGCGAGAGAAGCACCCCGCCUUUAAAAAGUCCGCUCCCGUGCCGGAAGAAUCCCAAGAUGCCCCCCUUCCCGUCGUCAAUUACAAGGUCAACGACAACGUCCUCGCCAAAUGGGUCUCGGGCGACAAGGCCUUUUACCCCGCCCGCAUCGCCUCCAUAACCGGUUCUUCCACCGCACCCAUAUACAUUGUCAAGUUCAAGAGCUACGACACCACCGAGACGCUGCGCGCCAAAGAUAUCCGCCCCGUCUCCAAUAAACGCAAGGCGGACGGAACACCAGCUUCCACCGGCGCCUCCACCCCGGCCACCGCUUCGCAGUCCACCCCGCCUUCGGUCGCCAGCCCCCCGGUCUCGGGCACUUUAUUAGCUCCCGGCUCGGGCCCCACCCACAGCGACAACAACGGAAUCGUCACCUCGGCGUCGGCGAGUCUCUACCCCGAACAGCAGGCCAAGCUGGAGGCCCAGCGGAACGCGGCCGACGCCGCUGCCAAGCCCCCCAAGACGAAGAAGAUCAAGGCCUCCAAGGAGCUCGAGAAGGGCAAGAAUAAGUGGCAAGAGUUUAGCGCAAAGUCCAAGUUCGCCAAGUCUCACAAAAAGGACAGUAUGUUCCGCACCCCGGAGGGCGUGCAUGGACGAGUGGGCUUCACGGGCUCUGGCCAGGCCAUGCGAAAGGACCCUACACGUUCCCGGCACGUUUACCAACAAUCCGAUGACGUUGAAUAAGUUACAUCUCUCCCCUGGCGACGCAAAAGCAUUGCGUCAAAACAGCAGUCGGCACCACCCAUGAGGACACACAUACGGCAAGGUUUACUUACGUACAUAUAUCUAAAGCACUGAGAGGGGCGCGAUUGGGUCGGCGUUUGGGGAUUCGGGACGGUUCGGGACUUCUUCACUUCAUCACUGGUAACCCGCCUUGACCCGUCAUGACAGAGGCUAACUGUUGGGUGUAUGUAUACGCGCCUUGGCCAUAAUUCCCGCGCUGGUUUUUAUUUUCGCCUUGGCCCCUCCCCCGGCGGGAACGGGGCCUCUUCUCCUGCGCUAUUCCCUAAUACGCAAGUCAGUUGUACACCCGUAGUGUGGGAUGCGUGUUGGAACGGAAUGUCGCGGUGUCUGCUGCAAAAAAAAAAUAAAAAAUAAAAAAAAAAAAUAAAGGAAAAAAAAAAGCAAUGAACAGGUUCAAGAUACAAACUGAAA